AAUCAGAACAGACCAUCUGUAAACAUGGCGUCUGACUUCAGGUGGAGAUGUGUAGCGUUCCUACUCUGCACAUAUUUGCUUUGUGUUUUAGCGACUGGUAGCAAAGAAAAUCCCAAGAAAAAGAAGGACAUCCGAGACUACAAUGAUGCAGAUAUGGCACGGCUCCUGGAGCAGUGGGAGAAGGAUGAUGACAUUGAAGAAGGUGACCUCCCGGAGCACAAGAGGGCUCCUCCUCCUAUCGAUUUCUCAAAGGUGGACCCGUCCAAGCCUGAGGAGCUGCUUAAGAUGUCCAAGAAGGGCAGGACUCUGAUGGUUUUUGCAACAGUGUCAGGGGAUCCCACUGAGAAGGAGACAGAGGAGAUCACAGGCCUGUGGCAGGGCAGCCUUUUCAAUGCCAACUUUGAUCUUCAGAGGUUUGUGGUGGGCUCAAACAGGGUGAUCUUCAUGCUGCGGGACGGCAGCAUGGCCUGGGAGGUCAAAGACUUCCUCGUUGCCCAGGAACGCUGUGCGGAUGUCACUGUGGAGGGACAGGUGUUCCCCGGGAAGGCUGCUCAGAAGAACGGCGCCAAAUACAAGCAGCAGAAUGCAGUCAACGCAAAGAAGAGCAAGAAGAAGACAGAGAGCAAGACGCCCGACUUGGCGGGGAACAGCGCCAGCCAUCGGAAACAGGAGCUGUGAUGGAAUAACACAGAGUAGGGGACGAGUCACAAGUUCCAUCUCUUCUGGCCUUAGGAGUGCUCAUUCUCACAACCAUUAUGUGAUCAAUGAACUCGUAAGCAGGACCACAUGAAGAUGCAGUGGUUCAGAGUCAGUGGUGUGACUGAACUAAUAAACCCUGUUGGGUACAUUUCCCUGACUGCAGAGCUGGUAUCUUUUCUCCACCACUGCCUCAUUGGAACAAUGACAAGUACAUUCUUGAAGUCAUCAUUCUUUGUCACAGAGUGGUAACAAGCUCUUUAAAUCAGUUGUAAUGUCAGUGCUGGCUGAUUUCUUUACUUAUUUUCUGUUUGAUUGUCACCAAAUGAAAAUCAAUAAAUGCACAUAGUUUUUGAAAGGUACUCAAGGAGAGGUUUGCAUUAAUGAUAUUAAACAGCUAAAACAAAAUGACUUCACCAUCAUGGGAUACAGCUUUUUCUCAGGACUGAAUAAAUGAAUGAAUGAA